AUGUCCUCGCCGACCUCCCGAAGAAGACCAUGGACUCAUACAGAGGACGAGCUGCUGAAAUCCCUCAUCUCGAUCUAUGGCCACAAGCGAGGGCGCCCAUCAGAAAGUAGAUGGACUCAAAUCUCUUCGCAUCUGCCAGGCAGGAGUAAUGGAGAUUGUCGAAAACGAUGGUUUCAUUCUUUGGACCCAUCACUACGCAAAGGUCGCUGGACAAAAGACGAGGAUCGCAUCAUUCUCGAUGCCUACCAGCAACUCGGCCCUUCUUGGAAGCAGAUCGCAUUGUUGUUAGACGGGAGGAAGGAUGACCAGGUGGCCAAGCGAUACAAGGACAUCCUUUCCCCUAACGUCCGAGACCGUUUGUCGAAUUGGACUUCCGCCGAGGACAAAUAUCUGGCUGAUCAGGUCACCAAGUAUGGCCACCGCUGGUCGGCCAUAUCAAAGGGACUUCCUGGACGCCCUCCAUUAACCUGCAGGAAUCGCUGGCGGUACCUUAGUCGCUCAUCCCAGAGUGCAGCAUCGCAGCCAGAAAGUGAAGACGUCGAAGCACCGAUAGCGUCUAAUAUUGGCCCAGUGUCUAUGACGGCCGAUGACUUUUGCGAUCUUUCUCUCUCAAUCACCUCCCCGUCCGAAAUGUUCUCUGCCAGUGACUGCGGUUGGGUCGUUGACGAGCAGACGUCUUAUGCGGACAACGACACUUUCAAUCUCGACUUUCCAGCGACAGUCAAUCUGGAAUUGGACGACUUGUCAAGUCAGCCCCUUGGGGGUUUGCUGUCCCACGAGAUUCCAAGAAGCGACAUGUCCACAGAUGUCACAGACAGUCAUUUUCAGCCCUCAAUGGCCCUUCCGAUGGAGACGGGCUCUUCGUCAAGCCUCCCAUCUUCCCAAGGUCACAGCGCCAUCUUCACAGGAUUUGCACACCAGGUUCCUCCUUCACAGACAUUGAAUCCUCCUACCUACACGGGAACCGAACAGCUCACACUUGAGCAAUCAUAUAUUGAUCCGGCAGUGCCUCAUGUAACGCAUCUCGUCCAUCAUCAUCACCACCACCAUUAUCACAUCUAUCAUCAUAAGAGCUGA